AUAUUGGGAAACACACUUCGCUCCAAGCAGGCAGUGUUGCACCAUCUCCCAACAGCACCACAGGGCUCAGGCGCCAAAGAUCGGAUGUACAAAUCGAUCCCCACAUAAAGGCCUAUAUUGAUGAAUUGAUCCGGGCAUCAACAACAUCUAUCAUCAGUUCUCUCAAGCAGUACACUGACACCCAGUUUGAUAGACAGAGGUUAUGGAACGAGCAGCUUCAAUGUUGGCAGCAACAACAGCUCACAUCCAGCAUAGCCAACACCUCAGCAUCAUCACAACCACAGAGUUCAAUGGAGACAUCUGAACCGCAGGUAACAGAUACAGCAAAGCAGGCUGCACAGGCUACAGGUAAUUAUCCCUCAACCCCAGUUCUGAACAAUCUGAUCAUGGCAACAUCAAAAGUAAGUCUUCAGCCACAGAGCCUGGUGGCAACACCAGAACCUGCACAACUUCCAGCGGCUCCCACA